GUGACAAUUCGUGGUUGAAAAGUUUUCGUGCUAGCAGUGUUGUUAUUUUUCUGACUCAUAGCUAUCUAGCUUGUUCCUGUGAAAUCUGCUUAUUCGGGAUACCAAAGGGAGCGAUGGGGAGUGAGCCAGGUCCAGUCCAGAUUGUGACAGUGUGCAAGGAGGAUCACUCCUUUGCCUUGGACACAGAGGCUUUAGGACGGGUUCUGCUUGCACCGGAGGUCCGGGACAAACAUGUGGUGGUGCUCUCAGUGGCCGGGGCCUUCCGGAAAGGCAAGAGCUUCAUUCUGGACUUCAUGCUCCGCUACAUGUACAGGAAGAAGCAUGGUGAGGAGUGGCUGGGUCAGGAGGAUGAGCCCCUGACUGGGUUCAAAUGGAGGGGGGGCUCAGAGCCAGAGACUACCGGCAUCCAGCUGUGGAGUGAGGUCUUCCUGGUGGAGAAGAGCAAUGGGACGGAGGUGGCAGUAUUAUUGAUGGACACCCAGGGCGCAUUUGACAACCAGUCCACCGUAAAGGAUUGUGCCACAAUCUUUGCCCUCAGUACCAUGACCAGCUCAAUACAGAUCUACAACCUUUCACAGAACAUUCAGGAAGAUGAUCUGCAGCAGCUGCAGCUGUUCACAGAGUAUGGACGCCUCGCCAUGGAUGAAAUCUUCCUGAAGCCAUUUCAGUCUCUGAUGUUCCUAAUCAGGGACUGGAGCUUUCCCUAUGAAUAUAAAUAUGGUCUGAAGGGAGGCAGUGAGUUCCUUGAUAAACGUCUACAGGUGAAGGAGACCCAGCAUGAGGAACUACAGACAGUGAGAGAACACAUUCAUUCCUGCUUCACCUCCAUCAACUGUUUCCUGCUACCACAUCCUGGGUUGAAGGUGGCCACCAGCCCCGCUUUCAAGGGCCAGCUUAGUGAUGUGGCUCCAGAGUUUAAAGAGGAGCUACGCAAUCUCAUCCCCACACUGCUGCAUCCGGACAGCCUGGCUGAGAAAGAGAUCAAUGGCAACAAAGUCACCUGCAGGGGCCUGCUGGAGUUCUUCAAGGCGUACAUCAAGAUCUACCAGGGUGAAGACCUGCCACACCCAAAGUCCAUGCUGCUGGCCACAGCAGAGGCCAACAACCUGGCAGCCGUGGCAGCAGCCAAAGACCAGUAUUACAAGAACAUGGAGAAGGUCUGCGGGGGAGACCUUCCCUAUGUGGCUCCUGCCUCUCUGGAGGAGAAGCACCACUUCUUCCUCCGGGAGUCCCUCCAUGUCUUCUCCUCCACCAAAAAGAUGGGAGGGCAGGAGUUCUGUGACCGCUACCAAGACCAGCUGGAGGCUGAGUUGGUAGAGCUGUGGCAGUCUUUCAGAAAGCACAAUGAGUCAAAGAAUGUCUUCACUGCAUUCCGGACGCCUGCAGUGCUGUUUGUCCUUGUGUGCUUCCUGUACGUACUGUCAGGGCUGUUGCUCUUCAUCGGCCUGGCUACCAUUGCUUUUGCAUGUGACUGUGUCUUGGGCCUGGCCAUGGUCGCCAUGCUCACCUGGGCCUUCAUACGCUAUUCGGGAAAAUACCGGGGGCUGGGGGGAGCCAUCGACCAGACGGCAGGCGUCAUACUGCAGCAGGCCACUGUGGUGUUGAAUAAGUCAAGGCCAGCAGUGGCUAAGAUGAAGAAAUCCAGCUAGAUGGCCUCUUUAUCUCAUUGCAAUACAACAUGCACACAUCCCAGCACUAAAGCCUUACAAUGCUAUCACAUGGAACCAACAUAUAGCACUCCAACACCAACACAUGAUUACAACGGCAGUGGGAGGUCAACACGAUGCACAUUCACCAGCAUCUUUAUUAUUAUUAUUUUUUGUUACAUUUUAGUCAUUUAGCAGACGUUCUUAUCCAGAGCGACUUACAGUUAGU